CAAACAACAAAUAAAAAAAUAUAAAUAAAAAAAUUAUAAAUUAAAUAAUAAAAUAACGAAUAUUUAAUAAAUAGUUUAUUAAAUAAUCCAUUUAACUAAAUAGUCGAUUUAUAUAAUAAAAAAAUUAUUUAUUACUAGGUGUUCAUAUUGUAAAAGGGUAUUUUACAUAUUUUUAUAAAAAAAGCAAAUGCCUAAAGUAUCACAUUUAGUUGCUCGUUUUAGAAAUAAUGUCGUUGAUUUUAUUUCAAAAUCAUCAAUAGAAAAAGCUAUUGCAAGAAGACAGGCAAAGAAAUCAAUUCAAAAAAAAGAAAAAUUAGUAUUACUUGGUACUGGUUGGGCAAGUUACAGUUAUUUAAAGCAUUUAAAUACUAUUAAAUAUGACGUUACUGUAGUUUCACCAAGAAAUCACUUUUUAUUUACACCACUUUUAACAUCAUCUGCAGUUGGCACAUUGGAAUUUCGUAGUAUUGCAGAACCAAUAAGAAAUACAAGAGAUAUUAGUGAUUUCAAAUAUAUUCAUGCAGAAGUAACAAAUAUUGAUCCAAAUAAAAAACAAUUAUUGGUUAAAUCGAAAUUACACAAUGAAACUCCUUUUGUUAUGGAUUUUGACGAAUUGGUUAUUGGCGUAGGCGGUAUUAAUAAUAGUUUUGGUAUACCAGGCGUUGAAAAGUAUGCAAAUUAUUUAAAGGAGUUAGCACAUGCUCGUACUAUUCGUAAAAAGAUUAUUGAUUGCUUUGAAAAUGCAUCAUUACCAGAUGUAUCAGUUAAAGAAAGAGAAAGACUAUUAACAUUUGUGGUUGUAGGUGGUGGUCCAACCGGUGUAGAGUUUACUGCAGAGUUAAAUGACUUUUUUGUUGAAGAUAUUCAAAGACUUUUCCCACUAGUUAACCCAAAUGAAGUAAAGGUUAUUCUAUUAGAAGCAUCUGGAAAAAUUUUAACAGCAUUCGAUGAAUCUCUAGUUAAAAAAACAUUAAAGGUCUUUAGAUCGAGCGGUAUCGAUGUUAAAACUCACUCACCAGUCAAAGAAGUAUUUGACGAAUAUGUUUUACUAGCAGAUGGCACUAAAAUUCCAUAUGGUCUAUUGGUAUGGUCAACAGGUAUCGGCGCAAACCCAUUGAUCAAAAAUUCACCAUUUGAAAAGGAUCCUCACACAGGUAGAAUUUUAGUUGAUAAGCAUUUAAGAGUUAAAAAUUUUAAUAAUAUUUAUUGUUUUGGUGAUUGUUCAAUCGUCGAAGGUGAGAACUAUCCAUUAACUGCUCAAGUUGCAAGUCAAGAAGGUGUAUAUCUUGCAAAGGAAUUUAACAAUAAGGAAAGAGAACAUCCACGUCAACCACAAGAAUUCAAAUUUAAAUUCAUGGGUUUAUUGGCUUAUAUUGGUAAUAAAAAUAGUUUGUUCCAAACUCCAUUGUUUGAUCUUUCUGGUUUCAUUGCUUUCUUAACAUGGAGAUCUGCUUAUUUAACAAGAUUGGGUUCUUGGAGAGCUAAAAUGAUGGUUCCAAUGGAUUGGUUAAGAACCAUUGUUUUUGGUAGGGAUAUCAGCAACUUUUAAAAAAAAAAAAUCAAUAAACAAAUCAAUAUUUUAAACAAUAAAUUGUAUAGUUUUAU